AUGUCGUUACUGUUUGAUCCACAUUUCACGCUCUUACGCGACGAUCAGAGUGCUAAACUUUUCAACAUAUUCCUCGUCAUAUCGCAAGCAUUCGGAGGCCUGGCGAUUUUACUAGUAGCGAUCUGGAUGGGUGGUUAUGGAGAUGGUUUUUCGUGGACCGAAGAUCCUGAACGUGAAUUUCAUUACCAUCCAACGUUCAUGGUGAUGGGAAUGGUCUUCCUGUAUGGCGAAUCGGUGUUGGUUUAUCGCGUUUUCCGUAAUGAACGUAAAAAGUUCAGUAAAACCCUCCACGUUUGCCUCCACUCUAUGGUGUUAGUAUUUAUGAUUAUUGCACUUAAAGCAGUAUGGGAUUCCCACGAUCUACACAAGGAUGAGCAAGGUGAACUCGAUCCGCUACCAAACAUGAUUUCACUACACUCAUGGAUCGGCCUCAGUGUGGUAAUCGUAUUUUGCAGUCAGUACGUUGUUGGUUUCGUGACGUUCUUCGCCCCGGGUCUGUCGAUUCCGAUUCGUCAGCUGGUGAUGCCGUUCCAUCAACUUGCUGGCAUGAUGAUCUUCAUCGCAGUAGCGAUUACUGUCGGAAUGGGAAUCUCGGAACGCGCUGCUUGGAAACACACAUGUUGGACGAAAGGACGUGAGCUAUGCGGGCAGCAGGCAGUGGCGAACCUGGUCGGGGUUUGCGUGUUCGGCUACGCACUCUUCGUGCUGCUCCUAGUAGCGAAUCCGAGAUGGAAACGCCGUGCACUACCCGAAGAAGAAAGUCUUCAUCAACUCACUACCACGAGUCAUGACUGA